GCGACGGCGAAGGCGAUGGCGGGGGCCGCGGACGGCGCCGCGUCCGCCACGGCGGCGGGCGCACGCGCGCGGGGCGGUCUCCGCGGGUGGUGCAUUAGCAGGCCGCGGUGUGGUGGGGGGAAAGGAGGGAAGGAGGGGGAUGGCAGGGUGGCAGUCCAGGGCGCGGCGGCACUCAGAACGUGGAGGUGGGCCUACUCGUCCACGCCCGCGUCGGCGCUCCUCGGGCCCGCUGCGGCAGCCCACGAGGUGCUCGAGGAGGCGACGGCCUCCACCGCCAGCUGGCGGGCCGACCUGCGCUGAGCGCUGCGGCGUCUCGCGCGCCGACCACCUCGGCGCCUCGCGCGGCGAG